AUGUUGCGGUCAUCAGUGCUGCUGCUUCUGUUAUGCAGCGUCCGCUGCCAAGACUUGGCAACAGGGUCGCCUCCCACGUAUGAGCACAGAGAUCCGUACACGGGGCUGACCCUCGCAUGCAAGAAGUGUCCCCCGGGCACGCACAUGUCAGCUCACUGCACUGCCGCCACGCAAACACAGUGUGCCCCGUGCAAAGAUGAGCACUUCACCGAGCUGUGGAACUAUUUGCCCAAGUGUCUGUACUGCAACAACUUCUGUGUGGGUGACAAGGUGGUGGAGACUGAGUGCAGCUCACGCAGCAACAGAGUGUGUCAAUGCAAGGAGGGCUAUUACAUGAUGUAUGACUACUGCAAUAGACAUUCGGAGUGUGACCCCGGGCAUGGUGUUCUUACCAGAGGUACAUCAAAAAGUGAUACAAUGUGUCAAAAAUGCUCCAGCGGCUACUUUUCUGCCUCUUACUCUGCAAUAGAGGCGUGUGCCAAACACACGAAAUGUGCCAGCGAGCAGCUGGUGCUCCUCAAUGGCUCCUCAACCCAGGACACAGUGUGUGGCCUUUGCGAAGAGCUUGCAAAUGGAGGUGAGCUGCUGAGGACCUUUCUCUCAAGCUUCUUUAGUAUGCAGAGAAUGCGUCCAGGGAAAAUGAAGAGAUUUGUCAACAGGCACAUAAAAAAUCCAGAGCGGGAAAGGCACACCGUGCACUCAGUUUUGCUUCGACAUGGGAAGCGACAUCAUUGGUUAGAUCUCAUCAGGAUGUGGCUCCAUCAGGCCACAAGGGUGCAGCUCGAGAAACUGCCCAGUAUGCUGAGAGCGUCUCAGCUCAACAAUGUGGCAGAGAAGCUCGGCAAGAGACUCAGAGACAUCCAAGAGCAAAAGCCAAACUGUACAUUAACACAUUUAUUCUCAUUUAACUGA